GCGGCCGCUCAGGAGAGACGAGAGGGAACGGCCCCGAGAUGGCUCGGCAAGCGGGCGCUUUGGCGGUGGGCGCCUUACACGUGGUGCGGGCCCGGGGACAGCCCCGGAGCUGGUAGCUGUCCGACGCCAGAUGGACCUUGACCCGAGCCGCAGCACCGCGUUCGUGCCCAGCCGACACUAGAGGGGCACGCGCGGAGCACGCUCCGGAGGCGCUCGGCCGCGAGGAUGAUCCCGCUGCGCCGGUUUCGUGCGCUCAUCCUGGCGGUGUUCCUGGCGGCCUGCGCGCUGCACAUCGUGCUGGACCUGCUGCCGAAGCUGGGACGGCGCGCGGCUCGGCCCUCCGGGGAGCCCGGCUGCUCCUGCGCGCAGCCCGCGGCCGAGGCGGCGGCCCCCGGCUGGGCCAAGGCUCGGGGACGCCCCGGGGAGCCUCCGGCCCCCGCUUCCGCCGCCGCGGGAGACUCGGGCUGGCCCAACAAACACACGCUUCGCAUCCUGCAGGACUUCAGCUCCGACCCUUCCUCCAACCUCACGUCCCACUCGCUGGAGAAGCUGCCGCCUGCAGCCGAGCCGGCCGAGAGUGCAUUGCGGGGCCCGGAUCCCGGCGCCCCGAGACCUCGUGACCCAGCGCACCGGCCGCUGCUCCGAGACCCUGGCCCCCGUCGGUCGGUGCCACCCCCAGGCCCCAGCGGAGACGGCUCCCUCUUGGCCAGGCUGUUCGAACACCCACUGUACCAGGUCGCGGUGCCUCCGCUGACGGAAGACGACGUCCUCUUCAAUGUGAACAGCGACAUCAGAUUUAACCCCAAGGCGGCGGCGGAGAGUCCCAACUGGCCACCCGGAGGUCCUGAGGACGAAGCGUUCUUACCCACCGGGGAGGCAGCCGUGGACGCCUAUCCCAACUGGCUCAAGUUCCACUUGGGCAUUAAUCGGUACGAGCUGUACUCCAGGCGCAGCCCAGCGGUCGAAGCGCUGCUGGGUGACCUCGGCGCGCAGAAGAUAACCAGUGUCGCCAUGAAGUCGGGGGGCACUCAGCUGAAGCUCAUCAUGACGUUCCAGAAUUACGGGCAGGCGCUGUUCAAACCCAUGAAGCAAACGAGAGAGCAGGAGACACCCCCUGACUUCUUCUAUUUCUCGGACUACGAGAGGCACAAUGCGGAGAUUGCAGCCUUCCACCUGGACAGGAUCCUGGACUUCCGCCGGGUCCCUCCCGUGGCUGGCAGGAUGAUCAACAUGACCAAGGAAAUCCGGGACGUCACCCGAGACAAGAAGCUAUGGCGGACUUUCUUCAUCUCUCCAGCCAACAACGUCUGCUUCUACGGGGAGUGUUCCUACUACUGCUCCACAGAGCACGCCCUGUGUGGGAAGCCGGACCAGAUAGAGGGCUCGCUGGCGGCCUUCCUGCCAGACCUGUCGCUGGCCAAGAGGAAGACGUGGCGGAACCCCUGGCGACGCUCGUACCACAAGCGCAAGAAGGCAGAGUGGGAGGUGGACCCUGACUACUGCGAGGAGGUGAAGCAGACGCCCCCCUACGAUGGUGGCCAACGCAUCCUGGACGUCAUGGACAUGACCAUCUUCGAUUUCCUCAUGGGAAACAUGGACCGCCAUCACUACGAGACUUUUGAGAAGUUUGGGAACGAGACGUUUAUUAUCCACUUAGACAACGGAAGAGGGUUUGGAAAAUAUUCGCACGAUGAGCUUUCCAUUCUUGUGCCUUUACAGCAGUGCUGCAGGAUCAGAAAGUCCACCUACCUGCGGCUACAGCUCCUGGCCAAGGAGGAGUACAAGCUGAGCCUGCUGAUGGCGGAGUCCCUGCGCAAGGACAGGGUGGCCCCCGUGCUGUACCGGCCGCAUCUGGAGGCCCUGGACCGGCGGUUGCGCGUAGUGCUACGCGCCGUGGGGGGCUGCGUGGAGAAGGACGGGCUGCACAGCGUCGUGCACGAUGACCUGGACGCUGAGCACAGAGGCUCCACCCAGAGGUAGUGACCGCGAGCCGCUGGCCUGCGCUGCGGAGGGGCACGUGCGCCUGCGCUGUGAGUUGGGGACCUCGGGAACACGCGGCCCUUUGGCGGUGGGUCCCACAGGACACAUCUUCCUCGUUUUCAAGACCAGAAGAGGCUGGGGAGGGGGCGCUCUGUGCUCAGGACAGAGGCGGUCUGGCGGCAGGCGACCCACCCUUUUGUGUGGAAGGGAAGCCUUUACUUACGAUUUUGUAUUUAUACACGGAUUCGACGAUAUAAGCAGAGAGCCCAGACCACCCACCAAGUUCACACAAGAAGGCCACUGCCCCUCGGCAAGUCCCUGUGAAAGUCCUCAUGCUCUGGACCUGACUUCAAAUAAAAACUCUCCUUCUCCCUUCCCUGGGCCACACUCGCAGGCCCGAGCGUCCCGGCAGAGGCUGCAGGAGGCCCCUGGUGGUAGUCACUUCACGGACGCGCACGCCCACAGGCGGACACUUGUGCCUCCGGUUCUCCAGCCUCUGCACCGCGCCUUGCAGCGCCGGGACUUUCCGGUGUUGGCAGAGGCCGUAGCUGAACAUGCACUCUGCACACCUGUGCUCUGCACACCUGGUGCAAAUGCCACACGCGGGUCCUGUGCGGCUGUGGCAGCAGGCUCACCCUUGCUGCGUUUUUGUGGAAUAGUUUGCAAUGUGAUAAAGUGCAAUAAAGAUACAGCAAACAUGU